AUGAAUUCUUUCAAAGAAUACUCAAAUUCAAUGUACGAGGAUAUUAGUGAUGCCGAGGACAUUUGUAUUGGCGAUGGACAUAAUUGCAUGUCAGAAGACAUCGGUGAUGUCGAGGACGUGGAUUUAGUGGAUGAAAAGUGUAGUGAAAACGGUAAUAAUGAUGUAGAUCACAAGGAUGACUCCAGCUAUGAUGGAGAUGACGAAUAUUCCUCCGGCAACGAAACGGAAUCUGACGAAGAUGAAGAGUCCGAAGAUGAAGACAUCAAAGAUAAACACUCCCAAGAUGAAGAUUCCAAAGAUGAAGACACCAAAGAUGAAGAGUCCGAAGAUGAAUAUUCCGAUGAUGAUGACUCAGAAGAUGACCAUAAUGAUAGUGAUUUUCUACACUUUUAUUAUGAAGAACAAGGAACGUGCAGCCAAUUUUAUGAAAAGACGUACAAUCCGAUGGAAUGCGGAUAUAAAAGAUAUGAAGCAAAACGUUUGCGUUUGUGGUAG